AACCCCCAAACCCCCAUCGGUUCCCCUGGCUUAUCCCCUCCGGCUUCUUUCUCUUCACCUGCGAGCUGGGAGAAGCGGUGGAGAGCGGGGAAGCCGGCGCCGCCAUUGGAAGAGAAGGAGAUGGAGCUGGUGUCAUCCUCCCGCUCCAUCCUAUCCUCUUGCAACCGAUUGGUCGCUCUGUCCAGGACAGCUGCGAAGCGCGACGGCAAGAGGGGAUUAGUAUGUGUCUUGCGUGGCGAGCCAGGGGGAUGCAGUACCGAGCAGAAAGAUGUGGUGGAGGGGAGGAUCAGGAGGCGUGCAGCUCUUGCCCUUCUGCUGGCUACGCCGGCGCUGUCGGUAUCGUUAUCGGCCCAUGGGAAGACCAAAGGCAUGAACCCUUACGACGAAAGGCGCUUGCUUCAACAGAACAAGAAGAUUCAGGAGGCCAACCGUGCACCUGAUGAUUUCCCAAGCUUCAUCAGAGAAGGUUUUCAGGUCAAAGUAGUGACACCUGAGAACUACAUAACUCGGGAGUCCGGAUUGAUAUAUGAAGAUGUGAAAAUUGGUACAGGCGAUUGCCCACAGGAUGGUCAGCAGGUUAUAUUUCACUAUGUGGGCUACAACGAAUCAGGACGAAGGAUAGAUAGCACCUACAUCCAGGGCUCGCCUGCCAAAAUUCGUCUAGGCAACAAAUCAUUAGUUCCAGGUUUUGAAGAGGGGAUUCGGGACAUGAAACCAGGUGGAAAGAGAAGGCUUAUUAUACCUCCUGAGCUUGGUCCUCCUGUUGGGCCAUCGACUUUCUUCAGCGCCAAGCAGUUCGAAGUAUUUGAUGUUGAGCUACUCUCGGUGGAAGACUGCCAGCGGAGGACGAUAGGGUUCUACUCUGAUGUUGUCUGCAGUUGAUCAUCUGAUCUGUUAGACCCCAACGGGUGCAGCAUUUUCCUCCUGCAAGGCUGCAACUCUGUAGGAAAUUUUUUAGCUGCUGCUGUAAAUGCCAACUUUAAAAAAAAGGUAAAGGGAAAAUGAAAGAGGGAGGCAGGAGAAAAAAAGCUGUUGUUCACCCUGAAAAAAAAAACUGUUGUAUAUGCCAACUCCAAAUGCCAAUGGAGGAAGGCAGGAGACUGACACGGGUGUGUGUAUUCAUUAGUAAAUGUCCACUUUGCAACCUCCUCUCAGCUCUCACAGAGCACACAGAGGCGGCGCUUUCCAAGGUUAACUUUGUGUAAUGUAAGACCUCUGCCUAUGUUAGGAGAACCUGGUUGCUGUUGUCAAACUCAUUCUGCUCUGCCCCUCUUCAACCUCCUCCGCCAUCAUGGUAGGUUGCUUCACCUCUCUUGUCCUCCUCUUGUGCACUGCACCACCCUGGAUUUGGCACGAAUUUUUGCUGUAUGUUUCAUACAUGUAUCUAUAUUUAAUGAAACAUUCUUAUGUCUAA